AAAAGAGUGUUUGUUUUGAGGCAAAUAGCCUCUGUGAGAGAGAGUUUUUUGCUCCCCUGUACUUUAUUCCCCUUCAAAUUUGAUAUACUACUACCACUACUACUACUUUGCCUUGUUAACCAGAACAAGGUAUUGAAAAUAACAACAUUUACUUGGUCCCCACAAAGCUCUCUUUCUCUCUCUCUCUCUCUCUCUCUUUAACAUUGUCUUCUUCUUCUACAAUUCCUGAAUCCAACAGUCAUUAAAUUCUGUCUUCCUCUUUUGGGUUCUUGGUUCCUUUAUUAUUUCCUCUAUAUGUAUUUGGACUAGCCAAACAAGUAAAUCCCAACAAGGGUUGUCUCAAUUUCUACUUUGUGUUUCUAUACACAAGCAUAUACAAUGUAUACCAACUGUCACAUCUUGCUUAUCCAGAAUUACUUUCUUUUCAUUACUUGAAUGAAACUCUGGGACCUAUUUGAGUAUAAUCACCUAAUGUUCUGUGUUUUUCUUGAUUCUUGAUCUUUAAACUUCAUUGAAUUGAAAAGAAAAUCCCAAAUUUGUUUACUUGUUGAUCUUAUUCAAAUCCAUUUUGGGAAAAAAAUCAAGAAAUUUCAAUCUGUAGAGUAACAAGGACUAGAAAGAUUCAAUCUUUAUCCCCACAAUUAUUGUACAUUCUCAUCGUAUGAAGUUGUGAUACAAUGAGAGAUGGGAGCUCUAAGAAAACCAAGCUUUCGUGGCCCAAGAGUCUGGUAAAGAAAUGGUUCAAUAUAAAGAACAAAGCUGAUGAUUUCCAAGCUGAUGAUAUUGUCAAUGGAGGUGCUGAUGAUGAAUGGAGGAACAACUUCUCAGAGAGGCAGGCACAGGCACCCACUAUCAAGAAAAGCAAAACAGACAAGUCGAACAGAAGGAAUGCUGAUCGUUUUCAUCGAAGGAAGAUUGACCUUGACACUUCAGAGGUUACAGAUGUGAAUAAUUACCGGGUCUUUGUAGCGACAUGGAAUGUGGCUGGAAAAUCUCCACCUAGUAAUUUAAGUCUUGAUGAUUGGCUUCAUACAUCACCUCCUGCUGACAUCUAUGUUCUCGGGUUUCAAGAAAUUGUUCCUUUGAACGCUGGUAAUGUUUUGGGCACAGAAGAUAAUGGCCCAGCUAGAAAAUGGCUAGCACUCAUCCGAAAAACUCUGAACAGUCUUCCCGGAACAAGUGGUGGUUAUCGUACCCCAUCUCCGGUUCCAAAUCCUGUCGUUGAGCUAGAUGCUGACUUUGAGGGAUCGAUAAGAGAAGAAGUCGCCCCGUCUAAUUUCUUCCAUCGCCGCUCAUUUCAGACUCUAAGCCGUAGCAUGAGAGCAGUGGAGAGUGAAAUGUCAAUGCCACGGGAGGCUCAACUUGAUAGGCGAUUUAGUGUUUGUGAUAGAGGUGUCUUUGGGGGAAGGCCAAGUGAUUAUGAUCCAUAUGCCCAAUGGGGUGGUUCCUCUGAUGAUGAAAAUGAAAAUGGUCCAGAUGAUUCACCGGUUACAACCCACUAUUCCCCAAUUUCAUAUAGUGGUUCCAUUUCUUUAGAGGACAGAGACAGACAACCAUCGCAAUCAAGAUACUGUCUUGUUGCGAGUAAGCAAAUGGUCGGGAUAUUUCUAACUAUUUGGAUUAGAAGUGAUUUAAGAGACGAUGUUCGCAACCUGAAAGUAUCUUGUGUUGGCAGAGGAUUGAUGGGUUAUCUUGGGAACAAGGGCUCAAUCUCAGUUAGCAUGUCACUGCACCAAACAAGCUUCUGCUUUAUUUGUAGUCAUUUAACAUCUGGACAAAAAGAGGGAGACGAGCUGCGGAGAAACUCUGAUGUAUUGGAGAUUCUUAAGAAAACAAGGUUUCCAAGGGUUCAUGGCAUAGGAGAUGACAACUCUCCUCAAACAAUCCUCGAGCAUGAUCGGAUUAUAUGGCUUGGGGAUUUGAACUAUCGGAUUGCCUUGUCUUACCGAACUGCCAAGGCACUUGUGGAGAUGCGUAAUUGGAGGGUGCUGUUAGCAAAUGAUCAGCUACGGAUAGAGCAGAGGAUGGGACGCGUUUUUAAUGGAUGGAGUGAAGGAAGGAUAUACUUCCCCCCGACAUACAAGUAUUCAAGUAAUUCAGACAGAUAUGCAGGAGAGGACACACACCCAAAAGAGAAACGAAGAACCCCUGCUUGGUGUGAUCGAAUAUUAUGGUAUGGUCAAGGCUUAUAUCAAAUAUCGUAUGUUCGUGGAGAGUCCAGAUUCUCAGACCAUAGACCAGUUUAUAGUAUAUUCUUGGCUGAGGUCGAGUCCAUCAACCGCCAUCGUAUAAAGAAAAAUUUGAGUUGCGCUAGCUCUAGGGUUGAAGUUGAAGAGUUAUUACCGCAUUCAUAUGGAUAUGGAGGAUAUUAUUACUAAUGUUCAUAUGAAGUAUCCUAUUUCAGAACUCCAUAUUCAGCAGAUGCUUUUAGGCCAGUAAGUCAAGACAUGCAGUUUUGGACCUAAUGCUGCAGAAUUUAGAGGAAAAUUCUUAGCAAGUGAGUUUGUUUAAAUGAGUUCCCAUGGAGAUAAUUUCCGUUUAACUGCUUAAAAUUGACGCUCAACACUUCCGAGCAGGACCUGCAAAAUGAGAGGACUUGAGAAGGGAUGAGUUUGCUAUAUGAUAAAUCUGCAUUUGUUCUACCUCGAAUCAGAAAGAUUUCAGGAGUGGAGCAGAGCAGUUCUGCCAGAUAUAAGAAGAUUCUUGCUGGAAUUUGUUUAUUUGGAUAUGGUUACAGACAAGCAAGAAGUAAUUACACAGAUUCAGAAAUGCAACAUCGAUCAAUUGUUAUACCUCUGAAUGCAAGAGAUAUUAGUUGUUUCAGAGACUCUUGAGAAUUGCUAUGGCCUAAGCGAAGAAUUAGCUCGGAUGCAUAUCAACUUUCUCAGGGUUCUUCAGCUCUUUUGAGGAUUUAAAAAAGAACAUCCUGAUACAAAAUGUAUGAUGAAAGUUGAUGCACAGAGAGUCCUUCCACUUUUUAUUUUUUGUGUGGUGGGGAGUGAUAGGUUCUUUUUGUCCUUCAUUCUAUUUGAAGAAAAAGAAACUUUGGCGUGUACUUAUUGCCACAGAAAAAUAAGGAGAGAUGAAGAUAUGUUAGGGGGAAUCAAUGACAUUACUGAAAAGCAACGUUUUCCUGAAAAGAAAAAGGAAUCACAGUUUGCUUGGAUGCUUAUUUCUAUUGCUCUACAUGAUCUUUUUACUGUUCUCUUUUUUCUUGUUCAAUUGAUGAGUUUGUAUGUUUGUGGCUGGUCCUCAAGGCAAACGGAAAAAUGGUAGCAAAUGUUUAUUACAACUUAACCAGUGUACUACUGAAAUUCUGUGGAAAGCACAAAGCAGGGAUUGUGCUUUCUC